UCAAGCCCCCGAAAGCAAACGAAAACACCUCCAAGUCCACGACCCUAUUGCUUCAUUUCAUUUCGCAUCCAUUCUCGAGCUCGCAAAAUCCCUUUCUGUCUCACACACUCACACAGAAGCUACUCCAAAAUCUGCAAUGGCGACACUAGGUAGGUUAUCGAGAAGAGUCAUAGCAACAACUCUCUCCGGUCACCUCAGCCGCCACCAGAAUCACAAUCUCAUCCGCCGCUCGCUGGCGACGGAGGCUCAGGCGGCAAUAAAGGAAUCGCCGGAUCGAGUGAAGUGGGACUACAGAGGACAGAGGCAGAUCAUUCCACUUGGCCAGUGGGCCCCGAAAGUUGCCGUCGAUGCCUACGUGGCGCCCAAUGUUGUCCUUGCUGGUCAGGUGACUGUCUACGACGGCGCGUCUGUGUGGAACGGCGCCGUCCUUCGAGGAGAUCUCAAUAAGAUUACAAUAGGGUUCUGCUCUAGCAUUCAGGAAAAAUGUGUGGUUCACGCUGCUUGGUCUUCUCCUACAGGUAUAUUUACGCUAUUUGUCGAUAAGAUUUGAGUAUAUUUCAUCACAAUGAGCUUAUUAUACUGAUUAAAAUGAUGUCAUAUUUCCAAUUUAUAUGAAAUUUUGUUUUUUACGGAAUUUCUGUUUUUCAUUGCUUAGGUGAGGUUAAUUUGUUGGAUAUUGAUAGUUGAGUUCUAUGUUUUGCGAGAAAAUUAGUAGUGUGUAAAGGUACUUUAACUAAGUUGCUGAGAACAAAAUUGUAUUUAGAAGGAUUUUGGAACUUAGUGAGGAAUGUUGCCUUCUGAAUGAUGUUUCAUCUUCUAAAGUCAAAUGUCUACAUGAACUUGAGGAAUCUGGAAACCUUGUUGAAUGCUUAUUGAUUAGGACCUUACAAUCGAAGCAGUCCAUCCUGUUGGAAGCUUUCCAAAACAUAGAAAGCUUGUAAGUCAAGGGAACAAUUGAAUCAUAGUUUUGGUAAUUGGUUCAAUUAGGGACAAGUGUUGAACUCUUAUUAUCUAUCUUGCCUUUUCCACAAAAGAGGGGCACUUCCCUGAAGUAAAAAUGAGUAGACAAUAAGACGCAAAUGAAAUUUCUAAUGCACAAAAAGUAAAGUGUAGAUCCCAAGGAUGCUAAUUGCAGCAAGACAAUAUAAGUCCCAAUACCCAAUGUUUUGAAGUGAAACUGAAAAUAUUCAAAGGUUCGGGGCUUUAAGCAAGAAGAAGCAAAAUGUACACACUAUUGAAGUGAAGUGGUUUCCAAAACGAAGGAGGAUUAGGGGAAGAAGGCCGUUGCAGGAAAUGUAACUUCGGAGCUCUAGAAAAUGGAAGACGUGCUCUAGUGGGAUGCAAUUUAUGAGCCGUAGCAUUAGAAGUAGAGCUGGAGGAUAAGGUCAUCGCAGUAAAGCUCUAGAGAAGUUGCAACUUCAAAUAACUAAGAAGAGGAGCAGCAGAGGCCGUUUUUGAAGCCCUAAUUUUGGUAAUAUUUACUCGGAUUUCUUAUUUCUUUUUGCUUCUGACGCAAAUGUAAGACAACACAGAAGUGCACAUGUCUUGCUCUGUUGUUUAAUCGCUUCAGCCCUAAAAGCAGUUUAAUCUCACUUUGCCUCACUUCGACUCUCAGAAUCAAGGGGGCCUUGACUUUGAAUGAGAACACAACUUUCUUAGUGAUUUACAAUGUUGAAUAGAAAAAUCUUCAGGAAAAUAAGGAAAAAUAUCAACAAGAAUUAUUGAUUGCUUGUUACUUUUCACAAGAUCAGCAUAUUACAGCGGGAAGUGAGUCGUUAUGAAAACGGUAAAUGCUCUCGAAAGCGUGUUUCUCAAAUAUAUUCUGCAAUGUUAAGUUAUUUUGAUCAAAAAGUGUGGUUGGAAAUUAGGAUAUUUUAGUUUACACCUAUAAACAUGUUUCUCUCAAUGUUAUGCCAAAAGCAGUAAGCAUCACUAAUAUAUUUUUACCUUGGCAGAGUUGGUUUUAAUUUGCUUGUUAAAUCUCAGUUGCCUGCUCAUGGGCUUCAAUAUGAGGGUUUUGUAGAGUUCGAAACCCACUGGGUGCAAACAAUUUCUGAGGGCCAUCGGACUGGGUAAAAACCUGAAUUAACCGUGGUGCACUUGCGGGAAACUCCUUGCCGAGGGCCUGUGCACCCCCAGGAUUAGUCGGGUCUCUUAGGGACUCGGACACCCGGUGCAAAUCAAAAAAAAAA